CAGAGGGUGGGGUAGGUGACGGCCAGAAGCAACCAUCUAUCAACCAGCAGGGAAGCGAGGCCGUAAACCUCUGUGGUGGCUGCAGGUUUCAUCACAGCCUGACUUAAUGCAUCUAACUCUGGAGAGGAGCUUAAAUUUUAAAGAAAGAGACUCGGAGAACUAUUUCAGCAACCUGACCAUGGCUGGUCUUCCCUGGACAGCAUGGACCACACUGUCCAAACCUUCUUCAGUCCCGCCAACACCGACCAUCCCCCCAGCUAUGAGAUGCUGAAGGAGGAGCAUGAGGUGGAUGCCUUGGGGGCACCCCACAACCCGGCUACCCCGACAUUCACCAUGAUCCACAUCCACAGAGAGACCUCUGUGCCUAACGGUGUCCUCUGGUCCCUGUUCAACACCCUCUUCAUAAACUCCUGCUGCCUGGGCUUCAUAGCGUUCGCCUACUCCGUGAAGUCUAGGGACAGGAAGAUGGUUGGUGAACUGACCAGGGCCCAGGCCUAUGCCUCCACCGCCAAGUGCCUGAACAUCUGGGGCCUGAUUUUGGGCAUCAUCAUGACCAUUCUGCUGAUCAUCAUCCCAGUACUGAUCUUGCAAGUCUAUCAAUAGAUCAAGAGGAAUCAUCCAGGCCAGGGGGCUCUGCCCAUCACCUGUUUCCCAUGUACUCCACCUUCCAUUCCUCACCCAGUCCCCGAGCUGAGACCUGUAUCAGCCCUUUA